AUGUUUACGCUUUCAUUCAACUCCUCCUUUGAUAUGAAAACCAAUUUCACAGACCUGCUUGGAAGGAUACCAAGGCUCGCUGGCGGAGAUGCAUCGCUUCUUGCGCCUACCUAUAUUGAUGGAACAAUGUUCUACAGUGACUAUACCCUUCUUACUUAUGGUGGUAUUACUCGGAGGCCACUCCAAACCCCCACAAACUCGUCCCUCUAUGGAUAUGAUGCCUAUCAAUACGGCCCUUUUAAACCACCUUUCAAACCAGGCUCCAUCCUACCUCAAAUCCGUGAAGAUGUCACCCGCUACAUUACCCAUGGAGCAGGCGUAUCCGUUCCAAGCGAAAACAAGGGAUACUACUUCAGUGGACGUCAACGAGAAAAUGGGGACGUCAUAGACGUAGUAACUCAGCCGAAUAUAACAGCUAAUACUCUUGUAUCUGUUGACCUGUCCAGAUUUGACGAACCAAAAUUUGCCCGUGACAAUCUUACGGGGGUUACUGGACGAUCAAGUGCAGAGUUGGUCUGGCUGCCCGUCUCAGACGGCGUCAUGGUCGUAAUAGGUGGAGUUACAAACCCGGAAUCCAUAUAUCCUUCACCCAUAUCUUCCCAAGAGAAAGAGGAAAACACUAAGAAGGAUUCCGCGUUUAUGGAGAUGAAGACUACAGGCGAUAUACCGCCAGCAUCGAAUUCAUUCUGCUCAGUUGUCGGCGAGGCGGCAGAUCGGAGCUCAUUCAAUAUAUACAUCUACGGCGGGUACAAUGGCACCGAACGCACCGUCAGGCCGUACGAUGAUGUGCAUGUUCUGUCCAUUCCUUCGUUUACCUGGACAAAAGUAUAUACUGGAGAAAGCAACAUGGGUCGCCGCGCACACAAGUGUGUCAAACCAUACCCGGAUCAAAUGUUCGUGAUUGGCGGUCAAUAUACAUCACAAACAUCAUGUCUAGUAGGACCUUUAGUCCGGGUAUUUAAUUUGAACGAGCUGAAAUUUAAGGAUAAGUACGACCCGAGGGAGUGGAACGAGUACGUAGUUCCAGAUGUGAUCACCAAGAAGAUAGGCGGAACUGGAAAAGGGGGAGCCACCAAAACUCAGCCGGACAGCUGGGAUAACGAUAAACUGGCAGAUAUUUUUGGCAAGAAAUAUACCAAAACUAUCCAAAAGUGGUAUCCAUAUGAGCCUGCUAAGGCAACCACAUCCGCUCCCGGUACUACCGCUCCCCCCGGAGAGGAUAAGGGAGCAGGCGGUGGUCUUCCUAGGUGGGUUGGGGCAGUUCUAGGUGUUGUCCUAGGCCUGAUAUUCAUCACUGCUUUGGCAGUGGUGUGGCUGAUUUUCCGUCGACGCAAAGAAAGACGAUACGCUCCUAGCCUUGGAGGAACAAGUGAAGUCGCUAGGAGACGCAUCCUUGGUUGGAUGUAUGGAAUGGGACAGCCAUCGCACAAGCCAGACAUGACUACUACCUCCACUGAAAUUGGCAUUAACGACAAGCAUGCCUCGACGGGUAUAUACUCGGAUUCAGGGAUUGACUCGGUCGUGUCACCCAAUAACCAUCCUCCCUCCACUAUUGUUUAUUCUGAUCUCAACGCCCCGGAGGCUGGCAGCUCUCCGAUACAUGAGAUGCAUGCUGGCACUGUGAUGAGCCCGUCAGAGUUACCUACCCCCUUCAACGACACUCCCGUGACUGCUCGACACCCGAGUGAGACGCCAUCAUUCAUCAGCCCAAUAUCUCCUGCAACCUCACCGUCUCCUGAGAACCAGCGAGAACUGCACCAUCCAGCCAGACCAACGCAUGGUCGCCACGGGUCAUCCUUUUCCAGCAUAGGUGUACCGGUAACCCUUGACAACGUUGUAGUCUCUGAAAAUACCGAGUCACGGCCGAGGGAGCGUCGUGUAUCCGGUUUCACAGAAGAGUUUUCUGACACCCAUUCGCCUAACUAUGAAGAUGUGGAAACUGGGCACAAGAUAUAG